AUGGCUGCCCCCGCAAGCAAAACGAUCGGCGACCUCUCCGGAAAAUGGGUCAUGAACAAGACCCUCUCCGACAACCCUGAGCCAGGCCUGGCCCUGCAGGGCAUCGGCUACCUGACGCGCAAGGCCAUCGGGCUGGCGACGGUGACGCUGCACGCCAAGCAGUACACGGACGCCGACGGCGUGGUGCACAUCGACAUCGAGCAGACGGCGACGGGCGGCAUCAAGGGCACGUCGGAGCACCGGACGGUCAACAACGCGACGCGCGAGCACUCGGACUGGCUGUUCGGCCACGUGGUCUCGCGCGCGACCUGGUCGGCCGCCGGCGCCGACGCCCUGGCCGCCAUCGAGCCCGUCAAGGAGCACGGCGUCGAGUUCCUGGCCAAGGGCUGGCUGGACGGCGAGGCCGAGCGCACCGGGCCCGACGCCGCCCUGCACGUCGUCAGCAGCGCCGUGGCCGAUGGCGGGUGGACGGCUACCCAGGUCUGGGGCUUCCAGACCAUUGGCGGCGAGAGACGGUACGCGCGCAACAUUGUGCUCAAGAAGGGGGACCAGAAGGUCGAGAUCACGCUGGUGUACGAUUUCAUCCCGGAGUAG